AUGGAGACGGGCGAGUGGGAUCACACAAUCCUGCGGGAAGAGGAAUUCGACCAGCAUGCGGUCUACCUGGUACCAGAUGUAUCCACUUCGUCGAAUGACACCAACAGGGCAGAGGCUUCCUUGCCCAGGAACCUCGUCCUCAAGCCCUCACAAGCCCUCGAUCCCUUAUCAAGCCAAUUAUCAAGAUAAAUAAUCUUCAAUAACAUUCGAUAUUAACUUACACAACAAUUACCCAAAUAAAUCAACGAAAUAUUGUUCUAGGUUUACAAAAACAAUGAAUUAUAUUAUUUCAUUGACGGCUACGACAUCCAAAAAUCCAACUGGAUGCGAUACGUCAACCCCGCGUAUUCAUCAGAGUCCCAGAAUCUCAUCGCCUGUCAAUACAAGAUGAACAUUUAUUUUUACACAAUAAAACCCAUCCUCCCGAAUCAAGAGCUUCUGGUCUGGUACUGCCGUGAAUUCGCCGAGAGGCUAAACUACCCUCUAACCGGUGAACUAAUGCUCCAGAGAAUACGACAACAGGUGCAGCAAUCGAGUUUACCAAACGAAAUCCCAUCAUCCGGUGAGAUAGUUCUCCCCUCGAAAGACUCGCCAAUCUACGAAAGACGAUGUCAAUUGACUCCAACCGAAGGUUCAGUCAGAUCAGACGAGGGCUACCACUCAAAUGGAUACCACGACGAGAUCCUGACACCCCCCGAGGAGAGCAGCGAAUCCGAUUCCGAGAACAAUUACGUCCUGGACUUCAGUAAAAAUACACGCGCAUCAACCACAACCACGGAGAUGAUAAAGCCAGACAGUGCACUGGUGAAAAAUGAAUACAGAAAAGUUAAAAUAAAGAUAAACAAGACGUACAACAAUUUUCAAUCGAAUAACAAAAAUCUCGACAUCAAAGAAGAGCUGGCGAACAGUAGAACAUUAACACCAGAUCUACCCCAGAAGGUAGCAAUAAUUCUGAGCUCAACAGACGAUGAGAUCGACAGACCGAAAGUUUUUUACGAAUCCGAUGUGAAAAUUAAUGCAAUCCAAACCCACACCAAUAACAAUAAUAGCAGUAACAAUAACAAUAUAUCAACGACGACGAAUACAACAGCAGCAUCAGCAAGACCGCCGUACGUGACAAGUCCAAACAGUUCAAUACUGGAGAAUAUUCUCCUGCGACACAACACAGACAGCAACAACAACACGAGCAAUAAUCACGGUCACAGUGGGACUGAGAGUCAUCAUCACAGUAGUCAUCGUCACAUAGAUUCCAUCAGUCCACCCCCAUCUAGUCCCACGGAGAUGGCAUACUCGUACAAAAAAUCCCACAGAUACGGUAACAUUCUCCCCUGUAGUCCAGACUCGAGUUCGAAUUUACCGAUGCAAGUUGACAGCUGCACCAGUGCCAAUGGUUCAACAACCGUGCCUAUGGUGCAGAGUCCAGGUAAUCUCCAUUCGAGUACACCCGGGGUAAUGGGACACUGUAACAUGAGUAAUCAAAUUGUCCACUCGGCGAACGAGGGGGACUCGAUUCAUUCGUCAGUUUUGACAUCAACCACUAGUGGCCUUCAUCCAUCAACGAUUAAUAUUUGUAAAUCGAGAAAGACCCAGAGCCCAUCACCCCCAACAGCAACAUCUACCAAUGGAUCUACCCUGGUAGUGGCCACCGAGCCUGAGGAAGAGACACCGAUCAUGUACUCUCAGCACAGUGGAAGUGGAUUGUGCACGUCUGGUCACAUCGAGUCAAGCACUGGUUAUCAGAUAAAUUCCAACACUCCACCGAGUGCCACAUCAAUUUCCCCGAUGAAUUCACCAUCCUAUCCGUACAAUAUCUACCAUCAGAAUGCCAAUCUCCAUCAGCACAUUGCACCCCUCUCCAUCAAUUGUGCUCCAUAUUCACCAACACCAUCAGCUAGUGUAUCUGCGUACGAGAGAAACGACAGUAGAAGGCAUGAGAAUGGACAUCAGCUUCCCACAUCAUCGACGAUGCAGAUUGAUGAUAAUCACUCGACCAUCAUCAGUGGAACACGCAAUCUUCAUCUCGGGCAUCAUCAUCAUCCUCUGAGCAUUCAUCCCACAACAUCGAACAGAUAUUCACCAGCUAGUUCACUUUCACCUGAUGAUCACGGCUGUUCCCAGAGUGGAUCACUCAGCCCGAACUCCCAGGGCUCCAGAGGAUACCGAUCUUUACCCUAUCCACUCAAGAAAAAGGACGGCAAAAUGCAUUACGAGUGCAACGUCUGCUGCAAGACUUUCGGUCAAUUAUCCAAUCUCAAGGUUCAUCUCAGGACGCACUCCGGAGAGAGACCCUUCAAGUGCAAUGUCUGCACCAAAAGUUUCACUCAACUUGCUCAUCUUCAGAAACAUCAUCUUGUACAUACAGGGGAGAAGCCUCACCAGUGUGAAAUUUGCAAGAAGAGAUUCAGCUCGACAUCGAAUUUGAAAACUCAUCUACGUCUCCACUCGGGCCAGAAACCUUACGCAUGUGAUCUCUGUCCUGCGAAAUUCACGCAAUUCGUGCACCUGAAAUUGCACAAACGACUGCAUACCAACGAGAGGCCCUAUACCUGUCAGGGCUGUGAUAAGAAGUACAUCAGUGCGAGUGGACUGAGGACACACUGGAAGACAACGAGCUGCAGGCCGAAUAACAUCGAGGAUGAAUUGGCACUUGCUGCUGCCGUUGGUUCACCAACUUAUUACGAAUACAGUCACGAAAUCAAUGUCGCAAACAUGCCGAAAGAGUGUGAGCUAGAACCAAUGGAGAACUACGACAGAAGAAAUGGAUCGCACUCAACACCCCUUCACAAUUUGGAGAUGAAUGUAGGUAAUAUGCAGAAAGACUGUGAACUUGAUAAAAUAGACAAUUACGAGAGACACAACGCUGUUACAUCGCACCCAUCAUCUCUGCACAACCUGGAGAAUCCCGUGGGAAGGCCAACAGUAAUAGAAACAUCGCAGCCCCACAUAAUCGAGUGCACCUAACAGAGACAUUGAAAAAGUCUGAUCAAGUGUACCUCCACUGAAACACCAAUAAUUUCACAAAAAAAUGUCAUUUCCAAAGGUGCAAAAUUUAUCAUUCCAAAGCGAUAGACGAGACUAUCUUUUCCCUCUCGUGUGGGAAGAGGCGAGAUAAUAAUUUAUCGAUUAUAAUGACGGCAAGUGUCGACAUCCGUCAGACAAAGUGGCGAGUGAGUAAUAAAUAUUGAUGAAGAAAGGGAAUUACAAGGGAAUAAUAUGGGAUUGCAACCAGUGUCGACGCCCAGACUGCAACUAUACGAGACCUGUACCUGUAUAUAUUAAUAUAACAAUUAUUAUUCGAUUAGGUGAAUUAAUAUUAAACAGAUUAAAAUAUAUAUUGUCGAUUGGCCGAGCGGUAGGCUACCUUCGCAGGCUUAUAUUUUCUUUGAAGCUAUGCGCUAUCUUAUUCAUGUUUUUUCUAAAAAAAAAAUCAUUAGCUUUAGAGUUUCGAAAGUAGUUUAGAAAAAAUGGGGGCAAUCGAGCAUAGGGUAAAUCGACGGAUACUAUAAUAUUUAUUUGUAAAAAGAUUUUUAAACUACGGUGUGAUUAUUACGUUUAUUACUCCAUGAUUACUCAUUUAUCGUUUAAGGGAAUUAGAGGGAUAAUUGUCCUGCAAGGAAGACCAAACAGUAUUUUUAGCAGUGAGCUUUUCCUUAUCUCAUCUGUAUGGGAAGAGACUUCCAUUCCAUCAUUCCGGUUCAUCAAUUUAUUUAUGUUGAUCACUAAUUCAUUAGUUGUAAGAAAAUCACGAUAUUCUAUGACUAUCUGAGAUUGUAUUGAUGCGGAGGCAGCCUGCUGCAAAUGCAAUUAUUAUUAUGAAUAUUUUCAUGGAUAUGCGGUUCGAAGAAUAAAAUUUCAUUGGAUAUUGCUCGCGUGAGACGCUGAAAAAUCGGAAUCGCUACUCUAUGAAAUUAUUGAGGGAUAAAAUGGAAAAUACACAAAAAAAAGGGAAAAUGAAGGUGCAGACUGAUAUUAGUUACACUGCUGUUUCAGCUCAUACGUUACAUGUAGUUAUAUGAAUUGUAAUUACGGUGCGAAUGCAAUACAGAGGAUCUCUUCCAAAAAUUGAGUGAACGAAAGGCAUCGAGGAGAAAUAUUCAUUUGGCAUUAUUAGCGUUCUGCCUGGAUUACUUUGAAUUUAAUGGUGAAAACUCUCUGCUGUAAAGAUAUAUCAAAGAUAUUGUGUAUGAGGCAAUGGGAAACAGUGAAUGCAAAUGAAAAAUUAUGUUGGUAAAGAAUAAUCAAGGGUUCAUUAUUUUGGAACGUUUAUACAUCCUUGUGGAUAGUAGUGACUCAUCGAUAACGAACUAGAAGCUCAAAAUUGGAAUAAUUUUUAUUAAAAAUGCAUGAUAAUGUCCGAUAUUACGUGUCAUUUUGACAAAAGUGCUUGCACAAUUUUCUAGUCGCAUUAAUACUCUUGGAAUUCAUGAUUCUCAAAUGAAAUGUUUAAUAAAUGAGAAAAUUCAUAUUAUAAAUUCUGUGCGUAUAAAAUUCAGGGGAAUUUCACUCCGAAAUCAUAAACGCAAUUAUAACAGAUCAUACGAUAAAUUGCCUUGAUUCGCCUUGCCUGCAUCAGACGUUUUUCAUUCUCAAUCAGAAGCCGAAAUGAAAUAGAAGCAAAUAAAUAAAUAAAUAAACGAUAAAGAGAACGAGAUAAAAAUGUGCAGGUGGAGAGAAAAUUGAAGGAUAAUGUAAAUAGGCUAAAGUAGUGAACUAUAAAAAAAGGCAGAGUGACAGUUGACAUUGGCAGAAGCAAAAAAGUUUAAUUAAAAAGAAAUCAUCAUGAACGUAAAUACCGUGCAGCGCAUAAUAUACGUACUAGCGUAUCAGAAGAACUCUUGAAUUGAACUUUAUUAAUCAUAAGAUACCGUAAAUUGUGAAUGAAAGGAAGAUGAAAAUUGUUAUGCAUUUAUUAUCAUUAUAACUACUGGAUAGGUAAUGCUCAAUUAGCAUUUGUUUCUUAAAAAUAAAGAAUAAAUAUAUGGCUGUUGGAUA